CAGUAAAUGGAAGUAUUGGUAAUUAUCCUCCUGUAAUGAUUUUGCGAUGUCAUCUUCUUCUAUAAUUAAAAAAAGGGAAUGGGUUUCAUUUUCUUUAAUAGUACUAGUACUAGUAUAAUUGUGUAACAAGAAAACAACUUUGAAUAGUUUAUUGAAUUAACUAACAUUGGGUAAACACAUUUGUUCAUAGAGGAGGUAUCAAACGUCUCGAGCCACCCACCGCACAGCAAUAUCAAUAUCAAUACCAAUAACAUCAGCAACAUGGAGAUCAAAGACUUGCAGAUUGAAAUUGCUGAAAAGGAUGAAGCUAAGAAGCAUCAAUUGGCUCCUAAAAGAAAAUCCAAUAAAGAUAGGCAUACUAAAGUUGAAGGCAGAGGAAGGAGGAUUCGCAUGCCUGCACUCUGUGCUGCUAGGAUUUUCCAACUCACACGCGAAUUGGGUCAUAAAUCUGAUGGAGAGACGAUCCAGUGGCUAUUACAGCAAGCGGAGCCCUCCAUAAUUGCUGCAACAGGCAAUGGAACAAUUCCGGCAUCGGCUUUAGCCGCAGCUGGACCCUCUGUUUCGCAACAGGGAAUCUCUGUUUCCGCUGGUUUGCAGCAAAACAUGGAUGGAAGUAUUAGUAAUAGUAGUAGUAGGACCAGUUGGCCUAUGGCCCAGUUGGCCACAACAGGGAUAUGGCCCCCAUCUGCUCCUGACGUCACUAAUUUUGGCCACAAUUUGGGAACUGAAAGUCUGCAAAAGAUUAGUUUCCCUGUAUUUGACCUCCCCUCCACCAAUUUGAGUUUUACAUCUAUGUUGGGUGCCACUAACCUACCUGGGUUGGAGCUCGGAUUAUCACAAGAUGCUCAUAUGAAUUCUCAGUCUUUGAAUCAGAUUUACCAGCAGAUGGGGCAUUCAAGAAUGCACCAGCAGCAACAACCUUCUCCCGAGGAUGAUAAUUCUCAAGGAUCAGGACAGUAGAGCUUUCAUAUAAUACUGAUUUUGGGGUACAUAAAGUGAAAUUGGUGUUUUCUAAGCUAGGGUUUAUUUUUAGGAAAUAGUUUAGCAGUUCAUUUUGACCUUUAUAUCCUAGCGGAGUGCUUAUAUCUUCGUUUGUUGAAAUAAACAUAGAAAUCAUAUAUCCAGAAGCAAUUUUCUCUCUUGUGUAACACAUAGAUUCAGUGCAAGACGCUGAAUUCUGAACGCCUAAGCAGAGCCUAAUUUUUGUUAGGCUAAUUCAACAUGAACCUAGAAAUGAAUUCAGACCCUCGAUAUAGGUAUAGCUCUACCGAUGGGUGACUAGAAAGUCCGUGUAUGUUUCUACAUAGAUAUUUGUAUACCGGUAAGAAACUAGGAGGGGGAACUCAUGGCAUCACUUGCAGGUAAAAUCAUCAACUGAAGAGGUCUGAAACCUCCCAAGUCUAACUCUUUACUGUUGCUAGCUAAACUAGCUUUCUACAGAAGAUCCAAGCUUCAAUACGAAGUUCCAUCCUCUAUUCAGUUCAAUGUUCUUGAAAAGUUGCUGCAGAAUUGGAACUUCUACCUUCAGUGAAAAAGGUGCAUUUCUAUUGCAGUUGCGAUAUCAAGGAUGAGAGAGUGCUGGUCCUAGUAGCUUCCGGGAUGACAGAAAAAAGAUGUAAAAAUUUCUAGUGUUACUUAUGGAUGAUGCCUUUUAUAAGUGUGGCAAAACUUUACUGUCAUCUCUGGCCUUGUUCCGGUUGAAAGGUACUUUGUAGUCAUUAGUGUUGAAGACUCAAAAUUAACCUUUGCCCUUUAAUAUGCUCAGAUUUUGCAAAUAUACAUCAAGGGGCUCGCUGUAUAAACAUGGUAUACAUAUGUGCAUAUGCAGAUAAAGACUACAGUUUUCAGUCUGAAAAAGCUGUAAUGUAGGAUAUGUAAGGAAGUAUGAUCAACAGUAGAAUCAAUUGACAUGACAAAGAUCAUGUCAAUAGUACUUGCAAGAUAUUCAAAUCUGUAAAGGCAUGAAAGGAAGAGGCUGUCAUUCAAUGAAUUUUUAUAUGAAGUA